CAGAGAAAGAACCAAAAUUAGUGGUUGGAGGCUAGCUCAUACUGCAUCUCACUACUUCACUACUUCUACGCAGAGCAGUAAAGUAGCCUUCAAUCAUAAUCCUCAAUCAAAUGCCAGUAUAUUCCCUCUUCACAAUUCACCAUCCUCAAACCCAUUUCCUCUCUUCUCUUCUUCUUCUCCUUCUUCUCUCUCACUUCUUCCACAACCCACCAAACCAAAGCACUAACCCAAAAAGGUGGUAGAACAAAGACCAACAAUUUCAAUCAAAACCCUCCACCAUUCUCAUUGUCUUCACAAACCAACACUCAAUAUGGCUCAAAGACUCAUCCUUUUCUGGCUUCUGCUCCUCUUCCUCUCCACCCCAUCAACCUCAUCCGACCUCGAGCUCCUCUACAACGGCUUUCAUGGCGGCAACACCAACAUGACCCUCAACGGCGUCGCAGAGAUUGAACCCAACGGAAUGUUGAAGCUCACAAACCACACUCUCCGAGUACUCGGCCACGCCUUCUACUCCUCCCCAGUUCAAUUCCGAAACUCCACAACUAACAAAGCCUUCUCUUUUUCCACCGCUUUCGCCUUCUCUAUUCACCCCGAGUACCCCAAGCUCGGCGGCCACGGCCUCGCCUUCGUAAUCUCACCGUCCAAAGAGCUCCCUGGAUCUCUGCCGAGCCAGUACCUCGGGAUUCUCAACUCCACAGUCGUCGGAAACUUCUCCAACCACAUCUUCGCAGUUGAGUUCGACACAGUUCAAGACUUUGAGUUCGGGGAUAUUAAUGACAAUCAUGUUGGGAUCGAUAUAAACAGCUUGGCUUCUAAUGCUUCCACUGCAGCUGGUUACUACGACGGUCGGAACACGACCAAGAAGGAGCUCAAUCUUAAAAGUGGGGAUGUGAUCCAAGCUUGGGUGAGUUACGAUGCAGACAAGAAGCAGGUGACUGUGAAGCUUUCACCUACGUCUGUACAACCUAGUACUUCGAUCUUGACAUUCGAUGUAGAUCUCUCUCCGAUUUUUCAGGAUUAUAUGUAUGUGGGGUUCUCAUCUUCAACUGGGUUGUUGGCUAGUUCUCAUUACAUAUUGGGUUGGAGUUUCAAGAUGAAUGGAGAUGCAAAGUCUCUGUAUCUGGAGACUCUGCCUAAGUUUCCAAAGGCUAAGAAGACACAUACAGGUGUGGUAGUUGGUGUUUCAGUUGGUGCUGCUUUGAUGUUUGUGUUUAUUUGUGUUGUUUUGGGGUUCUAUGUUGUUAGGAAGUACAAGAACCGUGAAGUGAUUGAAGCUUGGGAGCUUGACAUUGGUCCUCAUAGGUUUCCAUACAAGGAGCUGAAGAAGGCCACAAGGCAUUUUAGAGAGAAAGAGGUGAUCGGAUUUGGUGGAUUUGGGAAAGUCUACAAAGGGACUUUGCCGAAUUCGGAUACACAAGUUGCGGUGAAGCGUAUAUCUCAUGAAUCCAGGCAGGGAUUGCAAGAGUUUGUGUCGGAGAUUGCGAGUAUAGGCAGGCUGCGGCAUAGGAAUUUGGUGCAGUUGUUGGGGUGGUGUAGAAGAAGAGGAGAUUUGUUGCUUGUGUAUGACUUCAUGCCUAAUGGGAGUUUGGACAAGUACUUGUUUGAGAAUCCGAGAGCGAUUUUGAGCUGGGAGGAGAGGUUUAAGAUUGUGAAGGGUGUGGCUUCAGGGCUGUUGUAUUUGCAUGAGGGUUGGGAGCAGACUGUGAUUCAUAGAGAUAUCAAGGCUGGGAAUGUGUUGCUUGAUGCUGAGAUGAAUGGGAGGCUUGGUGACUUUGGUCUUGCUAAGCUAUAUGAGCAUGGUUCAAACCCAACAACUACUAGAGUGGUUGGCACAUUGGGGUACCUUGCACCUGAGCUCACCAGGACUGGGAAACCAACUCCAAGUUCUGAUGUGUUUGCUCUUGGUGCUCUUUUGCUUGAGGUGGUGUGUGGGAGGAGGCCUAUUGAGCAGAAAGCGCUGCCCGAGGAGCUCAUUUUGGUUGAUUGGGUUUGGGAUAAGUGGAGAGCUGGUUCCAUUCUUGAUGUUGUGGAUCCAAAGUUGGAGGGUGAGUUUGAUGAGUUUGAGGUUGUUGUGGUGCUCAAGUUAGGCCUAAUGUGUUCCAACAAUGUGCCAAAGGCAAGGCCAAUAAUGAGGCAGGUAGUGAGGUACUUGGAAGGUGAGGUGCCCCUGCCUGAGGCAGUGGCAUCUCCAGGCGCUUAUGAAAGUUCAAAAGGCGGCGGUGAUGGUAGUACUGGUGGUGAGUUUGAGGAUUAUGUGCAUUCCUAUUCGUAUCCUCCAUCAUCAUAUUUUGAUAAGACAAGCACUUGGUCAUGUGAUGAAGGGGAUGUUGAUUUUGAAGCUGGUUCAAGCUCAUCACCUCCCGAAGAACCUGGUAAAGCAGCUGGUAGCCACCCAAGAUAG